AAGUAACUGCUGCUAUUGUCGUAGUUCUGGGCUGAAAGCAUGGAUAAGCUGAUUCUGCUGCUUGGGGUGUCCGUCCUCACCAGUCUUCUGUCAGAAGCCUUUGCUCAGACAGACCUCACAGGAAAAGUAUUUGUGUUCCCCAGAGAGUCAGACAGCGACUAUGUGAAGUUGAUCCCACGUCUAGAGAAACCUCUGGAGAAUUUUACACUGUGUUUUCGAGCCUAUAGUGACCUUUCCCGCCAUCACAGUCUUUUCUCCUACAGUACCAAGGGCAGAGACAAUGAGCUACUAGUUUAUAAGACAGAAGUUGGAGAAUACCAACUGUUUAUUGGACAUUCAAAAGUCACAGUUCGUGGUCUGGAAGAACUCGCUUCCCCAGUGCAUUUCUGUACCAGUUGGGAGUCCUCUUCUGGAAUUGCUGAAUUUUGGGUCAAUGGGAAACCUUGGGUGAAAAAGGGUCUGCAGAAGGGGUAUACUAUAAAAGUCCAACCCAUUAUUGUUCUAGGACAGGAACAGGAUACCUAUGGAGGAGGGUUUGAUAAGUCCCAGUCCUUUGUAGGAGAAAUUGGAGAUUUGAACAUGUGGGACUCUGUGCUAACACCACAAGACAUUAAACUUAUGUACCAUGGUUCCACCCUUGCUCCUAAUAUUCUGGAUUGGAAAAAUCUAAAUUAUGAUAUAAAUGGCUAUGUAGUCAUCAGGCCCUGUGUGUGGCUUGAUUAUGAUUAA